AAAAACUCACAACACAGAAGAAUAAACAAAUUAAGGAAUUAAAUAAAAAAAACAACAACAAAUAAAUAAAAUUCUUGGUACAUAAUUUGACCUUCACCAAAAUAACAAAAAUGCUUCCUGCUGCUUCAACAUUAUGUGGAAUAUUCUCGAUAUUAAUAGCUGGCUCACCAAUAUUCUAUAGCGCUGCGCCGCGUGGUGUCUGCUCCAAUUGCUGUGCGAUACGUGAACGAAAAGAUAUUAAAUUUUUACUCUACACAAACAAAAAUCCACAAAAUCCACAAAGUCUCUACCUGUCCGAUGAGCGUCGCUUAUCUAAAAGCAAUUUCGAUUUACAACAACCUUUGGCCUUCUACAUUCACGGCUUUUCUGAAUCAGCCACCGGUGACAAGCAGAGUAGUCAACAACUGAAAGAUGCCUUUUUGAAAUCGUCCAAUUACAAUGUCAUCCUUGUCGAUUGGAGUCCCAUGACAGUGAUGCCUUGGUAUACGAAUGCUGUUGAUAAUCUGCCGGUGGCAGCGCGUUUCAUCGCACGUUUUUUGCGUUUCCUUGUCGCUAACGGCUAUCAAACGCGUCACAUACAUUUGAUUGGUUUCAGUUUGGGCGCCGAGGUGGCGGGCUUUGCCGGCAAGCAGCUGUUGGAGUGGGGCAUUGUGCUGCCGCGUAUAACCGGUCUCGAUCCACCGCUGCCACUCUUCGAAUCGAAUAGCGGUAAUCGUCAUUUAACACAGACCGAUGCACGUUUUGUCGACGUAAUACACACUGACGGCGGUAUACUUGGUAAUCCGGAGGCAAUGGGUCAUGCAGACUUUUAUCCGAAUGGUGGCAGAGCUCUACAGCCGGGCUGCGCGAGGCAGGAGAUAGCCAAUAAUCGUUGGUUGAAUAUUUUAAUUGGUUGCAGUCAUCAGCGUGCUUGGGAGUAUUUCGUUGAGUCGAUAAAUAAUCCAUACGCCUUUCCGGUGGAUAAAUGUGAGCCGACAAAUGAAUUUGGACGUUGUAAGGAAGGCAAUGGUGGAGCGUUUAUGGGCAUGGCGGCGGAUAGAAGAUUGCGUGGUAAAUUCUUUUUGGAUACAAAUGAUGCGCCACCCUUUGGACGUAAUGCCGAAGCGUCGGUGGCUGCAACACAAAGCGCUGCAACAACAGCAACUAGAACCGUUAUAGAGUCGGCUGCCUUACCCAUGUUGCCAGCUGUCGAGAAAAUUAAUGGCACUCGAGGCUAUGACGACGGCAAUACCUUAAGGGAAACAAGGCAUACAAAAGCGGCGACAAGAUUAUCAUCAACAGUGGCGAAGGCGACAACAACUAAAGCAAACACAGCAACAAUAAAAUCGAGAAUGUAAAAAGAAAUUGAAGCCAAAACAAAAGAACAGCAGCAGCGUAGGCUGAGACGUAGAUGUGCCAACUGUUGUGCAAAAUCUUAGACAGCUGGCCAGUUGCUGGCCGGCCGUCGGUGGGGGUGAUGUAGCGGUAUGCUGUCGACGCGGGCAAGGCUAUUUGUAGGCGCAGCUGUUGCAACGCAGCGCAAAACAUCUUAGUGUCCAAAGUGAGUUUUGUGGAGGUUUACUGUUAAUGCUCGGCGCGCGGUCAAAUAAUGCGGCAGAGGCGUGAAAUCACUUUGUACUCAUAGUAUGUAUAUUUAGAUGUGUGUAAGUGUUGUCAAAGGGAUUAAGUGGAAGCAGUGAAUAAGAGAAGCAUGUAGUAAGCGCUAGUUUACGAUAUCUAGGUUUACUUAUAGUUUUAGUUGUAGCUUUAGUUCUCAAGGCGCUUUCGUGGUUUCAGGCGUUGAUGCAGAAAAUAUAAAUUGCUGCAAUUUUCUGCAGCGCACAAAUAUUUAAGUUAACACUUUUCAAUUCAGUUGAUGGAAAAAAAAAAACUUAAUUUCGUCAGUAAUUGAAGACGGUGAAUGAUGACGACACUCCAGCGGUGGGAGAGCGGCAGAGUAUGGUGGUGAAGAGAGUGUGAUGGUGGGUUAGAGGAGAAAAGUCUUAAGUUAGGCGGAGCUUAAUUUUUAUGUAUAAAAAAUCAUAAGCAUUAAAGAUAAGAGCAUAAGUAUUGUAAUAUUAGAAAUAAUUGGUAAAACUAAACAAAUUUUUAACAAAAUUUAUUAUAGCUCUAAAAAUAUCCAGUUAUAAUGCCAAAUAUUGAAUAAUUAUAAGCAUAAAUGUAGUAAAUAUAAUUUACAUUG